UCACCUCCUACCUUGGCGCAUUCGAUCCAACACAAGUCUUUGUUGUGGCAUAAGGCUUGGCAUGCACCAUCCCUCUCUCACGGGUUAAAGACGCAUUUGGUCACUGAGAUUACAAAAUCGGGACAUGUUUAGUCACUAGAAAAAGUUAAUAUCAAAUUUGGUCACUAAAAUUACUAAAACUGGACGCAUUUAGUCACUCGUCGUUAGUCUCCGUCCAACUCCGUUAAUGAAGUCCGUUAAGUGCUGAUGUGGCAAACAGAAUUGCCUAAUCAGCCGGAUAUAACCCAACAAAAAUAAAACCCGACCCGCCACGUCAUUAUAACCCGCCACGUCAAUAAAACCAACCCAUGACCCAACCCUACCCAACCCUUCUUCCUCCUUCCUCCCACCUCCUUCUUUCCCCAAAACCGCCGCCGCCGCUCUCCUCCUUCCUCCCACCUCCUCCCGCAAACCUGUUCGACCAAAUUUAUUCUAUCUAGUGGACAAAUUAAUCCCCUGGAGGCUGGAGCAAAAUCCCCCCACUGCACAUUCCCUCCCUACGACGAAUCCUUCUUCCACAAACCCAUCGGGCGCUGCAGUGACGGCCGCACCAUCGUCGACUUCCUUGCUCAAUAUCUCCACCUUCCUCUCCUCCCGGCUUAUUGAGGAGAUCCUAUGCCCACCGCCAACAACCCCUACUCCCACGGCGCCAACCUCGUCGUCGUCCCCGCCACCGCCUUCGAUUCCAACGAAACAGGAGGAGCCUCCGGUUGUCGAAACUGCUCCCUCUCCGUCCAAAUCAACUGGUUCAAAACCCUAAUCGACUCGCUCCACCCAACCCUACCCAAACGCAGAGCAUACAUGAAAAAAUCCCUAACUCUCCUCGGCGAAAUCGGCGACUUUGAUAGAGCCACUAACGGAAGCAGCAGUAGCAACAAUAUCAUCCGACUGAAGCAUUCAUACUAGUUCGAAUUCGAGCGGUCGGAGAGGAUGCUGGUGACGGAGCCGGCGACGUUGUCGCCGUGGAGAUCUGGAGCAAGCGGUCGUCUCCGUUUGGAUUGUAUCUGUCGAGUUCCAAGCCCAGUUUGUUAUCGUCAUUCAGGUACUACAACAGAUUAGGAAUCGAAUCGGCAAAUCGCCUUCAUAAGACGGAUAUCUGGAGGUGAGGGCGGUUUCUUCCCUCUUUCGGAGCGAUUCUCAGCGCACCACCACGGCGGCGGCGGUUCUUCGAGAUGGAGCAAAUUCAUGACGAGUCCCAUGUUCUUGAGACCAUCGUCGUUGUUCUCGUCGAGCCGGCUGAGGUGUGGGGUUCCAGAAACGCUAAUUUCUCCGGAAAAGAAGCAACAGUAAGAGUCCGGUGACAGGUUGGGUCACGGCGGCGGUGGUUUUGGGGAAAGAAGGAGGGAGGUGCCGAGGUGGGAGGAAGGAGGAAGAAGGGGUUGGGUGGGGUUGGGUCAUGAGUUGGUUUCAUGAGGUGGCGGGUUAUAAUGACGUGGCGGGUCGGGUUUUAUUUUUGUUGGGUUAUAUCCGGCUGAUUAGGCAAUUCUGUUUGCCACAUCAGCACUUAACGGACUUCAUUAACGGAGUUGGACGGAGACUAACGGCGAGUGACUAAAUGUGUCCAGUUUUAGUAAUUGUAGUGACCAAAUUUGAUAUUAACUUUUUCUAGUGACUAAACAUGUCCCGAUUUUGUAAUCUCAGUGACUAAAUUUGUCUUUAACCCCCCGUGCUUAAAGGGAGAAUCUAAAGCUUUUUCACCUCCUACCUUGGCGCAUUCGAUCCAACACAAGUCUUUGUUGUGGCAUAAGGCUUGGCAUGCACCAUCCCUCUCUCCAGGUAGGGCAGAUAUGAGGACAGAAAGAAGUUUUAUCUCACAUCCGGUGGCACGCGCCUAGUAGAGGCAUAAGCGGAACAUUGAUGGAGCAUCGGCAGGUAACCCAGGUACUGCAGGAGCAGGUGGGGGUUAUCCGUGACGACCAAGGGAGAUGGAUUGCAGGUUUUGUGGCUAAGAUAAGUGAAGGGACGACCGUACACGCCGAGUUAUGGGCAUUCCAUCAUGGUUUGAACCUGGUGCACUAGAUGAGAUGUGAGAACCCGGUGAUUGAGACCGACUCUAAACUGGCCAUUCAGCUGAUCAACAACCGCCGCGAUCCUAUUCAUCCGCAUGCUUCUUAACUGGAUUCUAUCAGGAGUAGAAUUGUCCAAGACCAGCUCGUUAGAAUUGUUCAUACAUAUCGAGAAGGGAAUAGAGCCGCAAACUAGUUCUCGAAGCACAGUCUUGUCUAUCUCUACAAUAUGCAUGAACUCUCUAACACGCCAAGCAAGAUAUGUCGGAUUCUUCGUGACGAUGUAAUGGGUGUUUCUUUUGAGCGCCAAGUAGUAGUGGCGUACGUCUAGCUUGUAAUUCUCUUCCCCCUCCCUUUCUUGGCUUAUGCUUAAAAAAAAAUCGUUUGGUUU